AUGACCGGGGGUAAUACCACAAGCUCGAACAAGACGGAUGGACACUUCUUACCAAUUCAAUAUGACUUUGAGCUUCUCAUCAGGAGAGAGAGGCCGAGCGAUACGAGACGCGCCCCAGCAGAGCACGACUGUUUCCGACAAAGCAUAGGCCCUGAGUUGUUGCACGACACAGGGCAGAAAGCCAAUGAUGAUGGGGUGCGGUCCCCGCUCCAGGUCCAGGUCCCGGCAGACUUCGGCACGGCCCUAUUGGUUGUCGCAUUCCUGAACCACGCGACUUCGAGCGCCAAUGGAGAUGAGAAACUCGGAAGAAGAGGACAGCAAUACGUCCGUCCUCUGAGACUCUUGAUGCGGAUUGGGAUAGUGGUGCGAUUCGAGGCGCAAGUGGAACUGCAGUUCAUUCCAUCAACGGCUACCCAGAGACAGAACCUUGAAUCCACGAGACUCUCAUCCAAUCCAUCAAGAUUUGAUCACCUAGCCGUCCUCGCGUGCUGUCGGCAAUCUCAGCCAGUCGGUGAUGAAUUCCAGCUCUUAUUCGCGUCCAUUAGUUUCUAUAACGAGUCCAUAUAUUCCUCGUUCAUGUCUGGGAGUCGCUGGGAGUCGUUCGCGGCACUUUUGAAAAAUGAAGUGACCACACUUGCAUGCAGCAAGCCAGAUGCCACCAAUAUGAGCCCUUCAUGUGCUCCUGCCAUGGGUGGCGCCCUUGUAUUUUGA